ACCCGACAUACUGAGCAUUGUCUAACUAUGACAGCACUAUGCACUGUAAACGCGGCAUCUGAUCGGCCCUCUCGGAACUGCGUCGGAAUGCCUAUGGGUUUAAGCACGCAGGACACGAUAGUCAAAAAGAGCGUGUUCCCACCAUGCCAUAUUCCCAGUGUACUUAAUUUUGCUAUUGACCGGGCCUUGUAACCAUUACACUCUGUUUCAGUCUACAUCUUUCAAUUGUGCCAGAGGAUUAUCCAACAUGCCUUCCAACGAAGUAUUGGCCAACGGCUCGAAUGCCUCCAGAUACUCCUUCCCCCCGGGGAUCCACGUUCCGUCAUUGACCUUUUUCGGAAAUGACAAAGGUCAAGAAAUUGACUGGGAGGUACAGGAGAAGCAUUUCGAGUUUGUGAUCUCCAACGGCGUCCAUGGUGUUGUCAUUGCUGGAACCAACGGCGAAGCAGCAACCCUUUCUUCAUCCGAGAAGGCGCAACUUGUUCAAACUUGCCGCAAAACUGCUCAACGACUUGGAAAGUCGAGUCUUCCUAUAACAAUUGGUGGAGUCGCGGGUUGCACUCGCGAUGCUAUUCGGCAGACUGUCGAGGCCAAAGAGGCCGGUGCUGAUGCAUUCCUCGCUUUGGUGCCUUCCUACUUCCAUUUCGCCAUGGAUCAGACUGCCAUUAUUGAAUUCUUCCAAGAAUUAGCUGAUUCGAGUCCGGUGCCAAUCCUGAUUUACAACUUCCCAGGAGUCGUUGCUGGCUUGGACGUAAAUUCGGAGGCUCUAGAUAUCCUCGGAAAGCAUUCCAAUAUUGUCGGGGUCAAGCUCACAUGCGGUGGUAUCGCAAAAGUCUCAAGAGUGUCGGCUUCAUUCGACACCUCGAAAUUCUGCGCUCUGGCGGGCCAGAGUGACUGGCUUAUUCCUGCAAUGAGUGUCGGUGGCACUGGCUGCAUUACAGGCGUGGCCAACCUCUAUCCGAAGACAUGCGUCCAGUUGUACAAUCUUUACGAAAGCGGCAAGCUUGCCGAGGCAUCUGCCUUACAGAUAAAGCUCUCCGUCACCGAAUGGGGUUUUGGAAAGGGUGGCAUAAAUGGAACAAAGUGGGUCGUCGCGAAGAAGAGAGGAUAUCCUGAGACGAGUUCUGAUUGCCGGAAACCGUAUCCUCGAUUCACAAGCCAAGAAAAGCGUGAAUGGAUAUUGAAACAGGUAUCAGGUUUGGAUGAAAUUGAGUCUUCCUUGUAGGGUUGGCAAAUUAAAUCGUCGCAUCACCACAUUUAUAGGCGGAAAAUAUUGUAUUGUUAG